CUCCUGUAUUUACAUUACUGUGGUAUCUUGCUGAGUGAGGUGCAACUUUAAAUUAAUGUUUAAUGCCUUAUAAAGUUAAAUUUGAUACUAAUAGGAUAGUUUCUUUAUAUUUCACUAGAAAUGCCGGUAGCACUUGACCAAAGGCAAGAAGUAACCGAAAUCAGCAAAAAUGCUUUGCCAUUAUUGGUAAGUUUUUAUGAGUUUUAGUUUUAUUAAACGAAGUGGAUGCGUACACCGCUGCGGUGUACCUAACGAAACCAUCGGCUUUGGCCUGCGUAAACCGCGGCGGUGUACCUACCUAGUGCAUAAUUUCCUCAUCACCACCAGUAACAGAAACAUUGCAAAUCCCAUCUACAUGCAUAGGAGCCAAAAUGAUCAAUAAAUUGAUCGUGGGCCCUUAAGAUAUAGAAGAAGAAGAAGAAGAAAUCGUGGGCUCUGGCCUGGUUACACCUCGGCAAAAUUGUACCAUUGGCUUGGUUUAAAGAUAUCCCUGCCAGAGAAGCCAGGUAGACAUUUUUAGAAUUAAGAAUCUGAUCAGAGCAAAACGCUCACUGAACACGGACUUCACCACUGACAUUCCCAUAAACAAUUACACCAGAAACAAUAGCAAAUGCUUCAAAGUGCCUCAGUGCAACAUAGUGCAGUAUCAACAAUCUUUCUUCCCACGCACAAUAAUAGCAUGGAACCACCUGAACGAUGCCACUGUGAACUCGACAUCAGUCGAAAGCUUCAAGGCUGCCCAGGCAUCAGCUAGAAUAGCUUCAUCAUACCCCCAAUCGUUGCAAAAAUGGCAGUACAUGGAUGCAGCAACGAAACAUUACCAGAGGCAGAAGAACUUGUGUGGUCAAGUGGUAGAGUGGACGCCUGGCAGUACUUUUAUGUUUUGAGAUCAAUUCCCAGUAAGGGAUCAAGUUUUUUUUUUCCUUCCCAUUUUAAUUAAAAAUAUUUUAUAUUUAAAUUAUCAUGUUCAUUUGCAACAGUAGUUUCAUGAGAAGUUUUUAAGUAAUAUGUAGCAAUUUAAGUGUUUCAGCAAGUUGUGCCGGCCUUUGACUUUGAAAAUACCGGUAAUAUUAGUAAUAAGACAUUAGAAAACAAACUGAAAGUGCAUGUAUAGUGGAUAUUACAUGUAUAAGAGAAACAUUUUGAAUACUAAGUGAUCUUUUAUUAUAUUUCAACAUUCUUCGUGUAGUUGAAUAUUUACAUUUUACUUUUACAAACACCCAAAGAAAAUAACAGUAGUGUAUCAAAGCUUAUGAAAUUAAUAUGCAUGGGCAUGGUCGUAUUUCAACCAUCUUGCUUUCACUAUGCAUUGGCAAAAUGUAUACACGACAUCAACGGUUCAUUCACAACUCUCUGUCUCACAGCAAAUCUUUUGAAAACAACACGACUUUAGAAACUUAUGACGCGGUAGCAAACUGUAUAGUGACUGUAUAGCAAAGCCACAGAUCUGCGUUUACCCUGUUCAUGACGGAAUUUGUUUCUAGAAUGGCAUGGCAUGUGCCUCAUGUGCUAUUCCCAGAGUAAAACAUGACGUUUUCUCACACAAACCAUUGCACAAUGCGUUUGGUAAAGGAUUUGCGCUAUUUCAAAGUUUUUUGUUUUUUUUGUUAAGAAAUCGAUCCUUGGUGGGGGUGGAGGUGAGUUAUGGGCAGAGGUUUAACCAAAAAGGGGGUCUACACAAAUCACGACUUUGGAUAGGGGUUGUCCACAAAGGACGUCCGCACGACAAACUUACCUUUUGCACCUCCCCCCCAACACGGAGAGGGGGUAGUGCUGAUGUCCGAAGGCAUUUUUUUCUAAUGUUUUAUGCCAAUGUAAAACUAAUUCAAUAAUAUUUAAUUAUUGUUAAAAGACUUUUAAAACCACUGCAGUGUUUCGUAUUGAUCAUCAUACUGUUGUUUUGUGUUGACAAUCGCUUGACAUCACAAUGACAAUGCCUAGGACAACUUUAACUUCACGACUUCAUGAUCAAUGUAUGUGAAUCUCUUCCCAUAAUGUAUUUGUGGCGUAAUUAUAUCUUGGUGCUAACAAAAUAUUUCAAUAUAUGGGGGGAAAUAAAGUGGUUAACUUGAAAAAUAAAUAAUGGUUUAACAUUACGCUCCCAGCCCACAAAGACCAUGGUUUUGCUACUUUAAAUCGCUGCGGUGUACGCAGGCCACAGACAAUGAUUUAGCUAGGUACACCGCCACGGUGUACGCAGGCCAAAGUCAAUAGUUUCGCUAGGUACACCGCUGCGGUGUACGUAGUGCCGGCCUUUAUUAAACUAAUUUUUAUUUAACUAUUACUACGAUUAUUUACCAUUUAACUAUUACUUUUACUAUUUUUAUAAUUAAUAAUGAUUAAAUUUGGUCCAAAUUUCAAAAGAAAAGUGGAAGUCUUACUACAAGGGGUCACUUCUUUUUUAAUUAUUUAUUGAUAUUAUUAAGUAAUAUAUAAAUUAUAAAUAUGGCUUAUUUUAAAAAUUAAGGUAAUAGUUAAAUAAUGAUAAUUGUAUGAGUAUGCUUGAAGGGUUACCUGCUUGAAGUUCCCCCCUUACCAGCUCUUUUUCUAUUGUGUUUUUGCACUACUUUUUUUCACACUGUCGCCAUCUUUUUUGCCAUGACAGCAUGUGAAAAAAGGUAGUGCCAAAACAUGCCUCCUUAAAAAUCAACAUGAUUUUAAUUUAAUAAAGGGAAAAAAAGGUUACUAAUUACAAAAAAAAAAAAAAUAAACAAAUUAUGAAUCAUGUCAAUAAAACCCCACUCAUUUCCUAAAUUUAGAUGGCGUACAUCCUCAAGUCAAUGUGGUCACUUUGAACAGACCAAGAGGAUUUCACAUUCCAGUUGUCAAACCUUUAAUUUAUAGCACCGCCAGUUUUUAACGUGUGUCUUUUGCAAAAAAUAUUUCUUUUCUAAAUCUAGUGAAAAACCGUAGAAAAGCCAGUACGGCCUUACAACUGGGCAAGCAUUUAAAAACCAUACAAAGUAUAGGUAAACUAUACAGGUUGACAUGUAUGUAUAAAAUUUCUACAUUAUUGCCAUUCAUAACAAAAAAUUGCUACAAUGCUGCAUAUAUAUAUAUAUGAAAAAUCAAACAUAUGGAAUGAAGUUUAAAAACACAAUGAAAAUAUAUUUUUUCUUUUAUUUUUCAGCACCCAAGUCGCAUUGAAAAGAUGGUGUUUGUCAGCUACACGCCACCCCCUUUUAACUGUGAAGACCGAGCUGAUUAUGAUGCCUGGAUUGAGCGUGUAAAUUACUUGUGUGAUGAUUUACAUUGGUUGCUCCAACUCCCACAUGAUAAAUUCUGGUGCCAGGUGUGUGAGCUGAGUUGAUUUAAGAUAACUGAAGUAUGAAAUAAAAGCUCUAGUUAAAUAGCUAUCCUGGGUAACUAAGUACAUACCUGGAUCCUUGCUAAGUCAUGGUGGGUUCCUAGCACAUAGGAUAUUGUAAGCAUUAAUUGCAUACAAUUAGAAGAGCCCAGUUAAUAAUUUAGCAAAUACCUUUUACAUUAUGCAAUAAAUAAUUCUAUCAAUCAGCAACUUUUUUUUAAAGGUUGUGUUCUUGUUGAAGUUAUGAGCUUUAAACAAGAUUCCAGGGCAUGAUCUGACUAUCCAAUUUGAGGAAUUAUAGCUCAAUGUUGUUGACUUCUUGUUCCCUCUUAUUAUUUUGUUCUCUGAGCUUAAAAUUUUAAAAUUUACUCUGAAGGUUCUUUCACCUUUAAAACAUCACUUUUUUUUAUUAGCAAGUUUAUGUUAGCUCUUGAAAGGCAUCUGGAGAUUAAACUUUAUAUGUGCCCUUUAAAAAAAAAAUGUUGUCUUUCUUUUCAUCACCUGCUUAAACUAGCUUUGAAGCUCGAGCACUGGCUUAAUGCCUGAUAGAAUGAACAUUGCUCAAAAAUGCCUGCAACAAACACCUAUAAGUAGAAUGUAUGUCUUAAAAAUCUGGCUACAGUAAAAUAUUCUUGCCCUCCUCCGUCCCUCCCUUUCUAUUUAAUCACUUUUUAUUUUAGGUGUUUCAAUGCAAAGAAAGUUAUUAUUCUCAAAAUCUCAUUGAUUAUGUUUAUAAUUUCAAGUUUUCUCAAUUAUUACGUGUUAACUGAACAUAUAAGUAAAGAGCUUAUUGCUUCUGUUUUGUGUUUUUGUUUCCAGGCUGUUUUUGAUGAGAGUCUUCACAAGGCUUUGGAUUCUUUCCUUCAGUUUGGUCCUAGGUAAAACACAUAGAGUCUCGACAGCAUAGACAAAAUUUGUAGCUUUUCUGCUGAUUAAAAUGCAGAUUAUAGGAGUCAGAAUAAUCAGUACAUUCAUCGUGGGGCAUCAAAACAUAGAAGAAAAAGAAAACACAGGAGUGCAUUUUAUACCUACACACAUCCUAGAAAAAUAAGCUUUGCUUUAAAUAAAAAAAUGGGAUCUUCCCAAAAAUUAAUCAUAUAGUUCAGGGGUUCUUAACCUGUGGUCCAUGGGCCACUUGGGAGUUUGUGAAAAGGUUGAGAGGCUCCAUGAGCUGAAUUUCCUUUGUAAUCUUUCUUAUGCGUUGAAGGUGUCCAUGGCCCUAAACUGAAUGGAAAAUUGGUCAGUGGAUCCAACAAGGUUUAGAAUCUCUGAUGGCGUUUAACUGGUGCUGGGAGAUCAUUAUUUAAAUACAAUAGUGCAUUGUGAUGAAAAAUAAAUAAACCACAGAAUAAAGGGCAAAGGGUGUCUACCAUUUCUAUUGAAUCUGUACGUUUUUAUUGAUGUGAGUAAAUAUAAACUGUCAUAGCAUCAUGAUGUGAAUAUUGAUACAGGCUUCACUGGAUAAAACAAGGCUUUAUACGGCUGAGAAUAAGAAUAAGUGCAUUAGUUCUGUCAACUACUGUGGCAGUGCUACUGUUGAGCACUAGACAGUAAAUUAUGUGUUUGGGAACUUUGGGAAAGUUUUACCAGAAAACAAACUCUAUCUAGGCAGCCCCUCAAGAUUAUGAGGUCAGAAAAAAAAGUAAGUCAAUUUAAAUCAUGAUCAUCUGUAAAGAAAACUUGUUGUAAAUGGGUCAUGAUGGUGAUUUGUGUAAAGAUUUGAUGAGAUAAAUGAUUAGUUUUUGAGGAGAUUUCAUCUGACCAACAGGUCACACGAUGGCCCCUUGAAUCUACCAGAGGGAGGCAGGCAGAGGCAACAUGAACUUUGUCGCCUUGUCUUCAUGACUUACCUGCGUAUGUCUACUCACAAGGAAUCAAAAGUAAACUUAUUUGGCUAUUGAUCUAGCCAUUUUAAUAUAGGCUGCAAGACAUUGUUUUAGUUGUGUAAUUUAUGUAAAUUUUAAUUUUUUAACCAUUUUGGCAAAUAUAUAUAUAUUUAUGGCAGGGCAAUGCGUGAACAUCCUAUCUACUAAAGUUAAUUGAUAAACCAUGCAUUCAAGGUAACUUUCUAAGAAUCCCAAAUUAGUGCCAACUUCUGGGAUUUUAUUUUGUGUGCAUAUUGAACACAGUUUUACAGCCAUACAUAUCUAGAGAAUUAUUAUAUUUACAUGUGAUAUAUUAGUUUGGUAUCAAAUUCAACUACUUUUAUUUCUGGUUAUUUUACAGAGCCAAAAUUUGUUACCUUAAUGGAAAAACAAUUCCCCCAAUUUUGCUCUUCACAGAAAAUGUUGCUACUUUUAAAUAAACAUUUUUUUCGGUUCCAUUUUAUGGCUGUUGCAUUGAUUCCAGGAGAACUUUAUCACACCAGAAGUCUUUGGGGAAAUCCUCUACAAUAAUUUCUUGUUUGACAUCCCCAAAAUCCUGGACCUCUGCUCCCUGUUUGGAAAGAGCAACGGCCCCCUGUUGAACAAGAUGAUCGGAAAUGUCUUCUCCCAGCAGCCCAAGUACAUGGACGACCUGCACGAAACGGUCCCCACGAUUUUACAGGCAAGCUUUCUUUGUUUAUUAUUGACGAGGAGAGCCCAUGUUGCACACAUGUGUUUAAUCAGUGGGAAGAAUGUGAUCAUCAUCGGAAACAUUUUGGCAAUCCUUUAUUUAAAGAACAAUUUUUUUUUUUUGUUGUUUUUUGUUUGUUAAUAAUCUUUUUUUUUUAGUAAAGUUGUUGUUCUGAAAAUGUUUUGAAGUAGACUUUGGGAUCAACUUGCUUUUAUAGAAUUUAUGAUCAAUUUUUCAAAUAAUGAUUAUGACCUUUGUCUUAAAUCCUUAGCUCCUAAGUAUAUUAGAAUAAAUUAGAUAAAUUCUGACUGCAGUUUUCAUUAUUACCGUUCUCAUCUGUUGCUUUUAAAGUGUGGUAACUAGACAGAGCAAAUGGAAGAAAACAACUGCCUAGCCCGCCAAAAUAUCUGACUUGCCUGAAUGUGUAUCUAGCAUGAUAAUAUAUUCUGCUUCACUACAGAACACAGCAAUAGAUCAUCAGCUUCUUGUCUUAAACACCAAACCAAACUUUGAAUGUGCACUUUAAAGGAUUUUAAAAAAAAAAAUGUAAUUUCACAGUCAGUCAAAUUUUAAAGAUUUUACUUUCAACUUGUCAGGUCCUUGGCAACAUUGCUGCUGAGUGCGGCAUUCACCUCGAAGGCACAGGCCAAACCCCUCAGAAGCUUGACCUGCGUUCUAGCGGGUGCACUCUCUCUGCAUUGUCCAUCGAUCAGCUACAGGAUGUCCUACUUUAUAUAAGUGAUACGGCCAUAACUUUGAAUACUUUUCUGGACAUCUAUACACCGGCGUGCCACGUGUUCCACAAGUUUCAUAUUUGUUCUGUGUAAGUUGUAUGGCUAUAGAGGACUUUUAAGAAAACCAUUUUUUUUUCUUUCAACAUUUGUAAGGAUAACAUUUGUAUGUUAAAAAUUUUUUUUUUUUGAAUUAAUACUUUUUUUGGAUAAAAAGAUAUGAUUUUAAUAAUGAAAAGUUUCUAUAUCUCAUGAAGUUUGGAAAUUAUUAUUUCAAAACAACAAAUGACUCAUAUUUUUAUUGAUGAUUGUAUUAGCUGCCGCUCUUUAUAAUGAUAAACAUUUUUGGAAUUAUUAUUUUUUUUUGCUUUGGUAAAAUUAUAGCCAUUUUUGAAGCAUUUCCAGUGAGGUCGCUUAAAAAAAAAUAUUUUCAAAUGGAGCGGAACUCGUUUUGUUUUGCUUCAAGCUGCUUUUUGAUUUAAAUAGACCUUCAGUGAUUUAUCUACUGCUAUUUUUGGACAGGAUUGCUAACUUUUAUGACAGUAUGAUUCCAGAGCUGUACAAUGCAGUUAAGCAGCAAGAAUUUUAUUCCGAAGUGUAAGUGCAUGAAGUCUUCUUCAUACAUCAUUUAAAUCAGCAUUAUUUAGUUGUAAAACCAUGUUUGAAAGAAUGCAGUUGGGAGGGGAAAUUUAUUGUUCGAUUCUAAUUUGGCUUGGAAUAUUUAAUAAAUGAAUACUUUCAUACUAGUAAGCGUAUUUGGUAACCUUGGAAGUCAUUCCUUUUCAUUACAUAUUUUGUAUGCACUUCACAGUUAAGUUAUUCAUAAUUAAUAAUAAAUUAUUAUUUUAGAUGUAUAAGAAUAAAGUGUUACAGGUUUUUAAAGUCAUCUUUACUAUAGAAUAGUGUACAUUUCUGCAAUCAUCUGAACCAAGGGUAAUUGAAUGAAAAAAAAUGUGUUUUUAUUUAACAAAAUAAGUCAUGUUAUUAAUAUAUCAUGAUCAGUAAAUUUUCUUUUCAAAUUAAAGAAAAUUAUCAGUCAGAUAACUAUGACAUAGUACUGGACUGUGAUCACAGGAAACUGGUCAGAUAACUAUGACAUAGUACUGGACUGUGUUCACAGGGAACUGGUCAGAUAACUAUGACAUAGUACUGGACUGUGAUCACAGGGAACUCAUCAGAUAACUAUGACAUAGUACUGGACUGUGAUCACAGGGAACUGUUCAGAUAACUAUGACAUAGUACUGGACUGUGAUCACAGGGAACUGUUCAGGGAACUAUGACAUAGUACGGGACUGUGAUCACAGGGAACUGGUCAGAUAACUAUGACAUAGUACUGGACUGUGAUCACAGGGAACUGGUCAGAUAACUAUGACAUAGUACUGGACUGUGAUCACAGGGAACUGGUCAGAUAACAAUAAAGUUUUCCUUCACUUCCAGCCAGAAGAAACAGUUUCUAGGAAAAGCUCGCCAGAUAAGUAAGUGUCUGGUCAGCAUCUUCAGAUGUAUCCUCCAGCACGUCUGUCUGCAGCCGAUUCUGGACAAUGCCAGGUGAGCUGAUUGUUGCCUUGAGCUACUAUCAACGUUUUACCAGGUGUAAUGGGGGGAGAGAUGCCUCUGAACUUACCAGUUUGAGUGUUUGAUUCCUGAUUCAAUUCCUCCACACGUUUUUUUUUUCUAUCUCCUUUUAGUUUGUUUUGUUUUAAGUUAAUGUAACUACCGGUACUUAAAAACUAAUCAAAUACAUUGAUAUAAUGCCUUCAGUUUUAUUGGUCAUAUCCGGUUUUUGCAUAGGAGGCAAUUAUUUAUAGAAAUAUUUAACAAGGCCGUAGACUGUCUAGUGCCGGGUGGCCACCCCAAAAUACUUUGCUGGCCAAUUUAAUAGCAAGCUAAACUUCCAUGAGACGCAUGUAAUAUUGUAAUAACAACUGAUAAUAAAAUAAGCGCCUACUAAAGGCUAUAUUGAAUUAUUUAUCUAUUCUUAAUGCACGUAAUGAAAUGCCGACUUACGAAACAAGAGCUAAAGUGAUACCUGUUUUUUACUUUUUAUUUCACUUAUCUUUUUAAAAAUCCAUUUCAUUGUCAAUUGAAUGAAGAAUGAAAAUGUUCAUUUGUAAUACGUAUAUGAAGACCUCAAGGGAAAAAACGGCAGAGUCCAUUUUUAUUUUUUUUGAGUUAUCACCCCUGACUUAUAGCCGGUUAAAAAUAGAAGGUGCUGAAUAAAGUUUAAAGGAGAAAAAAUGGCUAAGUCCAUAAGAAAAAUGGAAACGAAAAAUCCGUUUACAAUGGAAAAAGAAGCAUAGUCCAAUGUUUACAAUGGAAAAGGGGGCUAAGUCACUAAUAUCACGUGACAUUUGAAGUCACGUGAUUUAAAGGUCCAAUGAGAGAUAGCUAUAGUGUAAACAAAAUUUAAAGAUGGCGACCGAUUCGCUCAGCUGACCGACAAACCGACGAAAAAGUUAACUGACAGACCUGAAUUUUUUAAAUUUCCUACCACAAGAAAACAAAACAAAUUAACAUAAGCACGAUAAAUUGGACUUAAAACAUUAAAAAAAAAAAAAAUUUGUAUUUUUAAAUCGCAUUUUACCUUGUUUUGUUAUGUUCAGUUAAUUAAUGUGUGUAUCCGUCUCGUCUCUUUCGCUGUCGCUCUAGUCAAGUCUAGUCUAUCACUGUUUGUUGCAUGUCUGUGUCUCUCCAUGUCAGUCUAUCUCAGUUAGUUUGUAUAUCUCUCUCCCUUUCGCUCUAACUCUGUGUCUGACUCCCCCUGAACUCUUUAUCUUCGAGUGUCUGUCUUGCUAUCUCGGUCUGUUACUCUUUACUGACUUUACCCUUAAACUUAAGUUCAUACAGUUACAUCUACUGCUAGAGGAAAAAAAACUAAUAUUGGGCCAAAAUUGUAAGAAGCACAACAGAAACUCAGAAAGUAUGAUUUUAAAUCUGAUUUUCACGUUAAAUUCUAAAUAAUAUUUUUUUUUUUAAUGAUAGUUAUAGGCAUGAUAGAUAUUUUUAUAUUUAUAGUGUAAACAAAAAUAAUUUGCCUAAGGCAGGGGUCAUUCGUAAAUUACAUCACGUUAAAAAUAAACUUUUUAGACACCCCUUCCCCUUGUCACGAAAUGUCACAAAUUCUCCCCCCCCCAUUGUCACAUCACCUAAAAAAAUUCAAAAAAUACAUAAAAUUUUCAUAACUAAACUAAGAUAUUAUUGUAUUCUUAAACAUUUUCCCAUAAUGCAGCAGUUCUGAACCUGUGGGUGGCGACCCCUUUAUGGGUCGAAUGACUCCUUUAAAGGUGUCACAUAAGACAAUCGGCAAAUGCAUAUCCUCUACAGUUAUGAAGUACUAACAAAAAUAGUUUUAUGGUUGAGGGUCGCCACAACAUGAGGAACUGCAUUCAAGGGUCGCGGCAUUAAGAAGGUUGAAAACCACUGCCAUAAUGAUAAGAUGCAGUAUUACUAGAAAACCGAGUUUCAUGGUACCAUACUAUAAUACCUGAGGCAAAGUUGACCUCAAAUUAAUGUUUUAAAAAAGAAUUAAAUUAUGAUUUUUUUUAAAGAAUAAUAAACUUUUAGAGAUGAAAAAAAAGUGACGUCACAAUUUUUGACCCCCCCCCCUUUCCCCCCUCCCAAAAAGUGUCACAUAUUCUCAACCCAACCCCUCUAAGCGUGACGUAAUUUGCCAGAGAUCCCUAAAUGUGAAAAUGUAAUUAUAAAAUAGUUUUAAAUAGAUAUUUAUCAAUGAUCAAACCUUGAUAAAUUACUACAAGGGAAAAAACGGCAGAGUCCAUUUUGACCCCACUCUCUACUAUAAUGAAAAAAAUCACGUUACAUUCAAGUUUGAAUUAAUUUAUCUAUUUAAUAACUCAGGGAAAUGGACACACUUGUGAAAGGCAUUUUAAAAAUUACAUUUUGUUUACACAUUUUUAAUGUGCAUGGUUUUGAACUUUAAAAAUCGAAUAUCUCAAAACAACAAAAAUGUGACUCUGCCGUUUUUUCCCUUGUGGUCUUCAUAUAUGGAGUAUACAUUGGUAUAUAGGGAGUAUGCGGGCCACAAUAUUUGUUGUGGCAGGCCACAUGUGGGUUGUCUGCCCCUGAUUUAGUGUGAGAUUUUGUUUUGGUUCGUAUUCCACAAACUAAGUCUAUAAACAUUUAAAAGUAUUACCAUUUUCUCUUUAAUUUGCCAUUCCUACUAAAAAUCCACACACAUUGAACACACUAUUAGGUUCAAAAUGUUAACAGCUACUAAAUUUCCUUAUCAUCUACUUUAUUCUUUCACUAAUGAAUCUUUCAGGGGCAUAGUUAAAACAUUAUAAGAAUAAUUCUUUCUUAUUUUGACUCUGUCAGCAAUGAGGAAACUGUGUCCAGCUGCAUUGAGGACCUGCUGCACACCAUGACGUCUCUGUUAAAUGAGAGGAAAUUUCUGGCAGCCUAUGAGGGGAUGUUUAACUUUCAAGACGAUGUUGAUUUAUUGCUGCAGACCUCAAGCUCUAUGUAUCCUUUGUUUGUUUGUUUUUAGUUAGGAGCUAUCUAAUAUACAGCAUUCUAAUAUCACACCAUUGUUUGACGGUCUAUGUCACAAUUGUCUGAUAGUCUCUCAUGAUGUGAUAUUGUAUAAUAUGUGAUAUUGUAUGAUAUGAUGUGAUAUUGUGUGAUGUGAUAUUGUGUGAUAUGAUGUGAAAUAUGAUAUGAUAUUGUAUGAUAUCUUGUGCUAUUUUCUGAUAUUAUGUGCUAUUGUCUGAUAUGACAUGCUUUCAUCCUCAGAUCUUCUGUGCCCUUGAGUUUGUUGUUUUUUCAGUCCUACUAUUAAUGAAAAAAUAUAAACAUGUUUGCUGGUAAUUUUCUUGUUCUUUUUCUUCCCCCCCCCCCCCCCCCCCUUUUUUUUUUCUCCUUUUUCAAAUCACUCCCAACCCAUUUCUGAAUCUUCUAGUUUGGUUACCAUUUUUUGAAUAACAAUUCAAUAAAGUUGCCACAAUUCUUUGACCCCCAAAUUUCACUGCAAUUUUUCCGUGACUGUUGACCCCAGAGACCCCUCUCAGCUAGAGUACAUUCAGGCAGCCAUCAACUCAGCCUUCGCCACAUUUGGACGCCGCAAGUCACCGCGGGGGAACACCAACACGGGGGGCAGGACCAGUCCGGACGGCGCCCCAGAUUCUCUGAGCAGUGGGGCCACAGCAGCAGCCCCUGGGGGCAAUGACAGAGACGUUGCCACAGGAAGCAGUCAAACAGGGGCAGGAAUUGGGGAACAGGAGGAUUUUCAAACCGAAGAUUAUGUGAGUGUUUCCCCCUUGUUUUCUAUUGUUAAUGUGUUUGAGUUUGAGAAGAAUAUAAAUAUAAUAAUAAACUUACUGCAAGUUAAAAGAUGUUUUCUAUGUUAUCUUAGAUGAUUUUUAAAGAAAUUUUUGUGCAUGUUAAGUUCCAAAAGGAACAUGAUAUGCCACUAAUAUAACCCAUAAUUAUUUAUUUCUGAAUUCCAUUUGGUGUUUUAAUAACAAGUAAAUGUUUCACCCCCCCCCCCCCAUCUGGAUUAGGGAGAAGGUGCCAUUUCUUGUCCACGUCCAGGGGAUGCUGAGCUGGACUCAUUGAUUACCAGCGUCAAAGAUUUGUUUCCACAUUUAGGGGAGGGGUUCAUAGAGGUACGGUAAAAUUUAAUUCCUUGUUCAAAUCUAAAUGUCGCUCGCCUUUCAAACUCUCCCUCCUCCCUGCACCACAGUUUCAGAACACACAAAAAGAAAACAAUUAUUUUUGUACAACUUCUCCUGAUCUGUGAUCUAAUCUCAACACAAUUUGAAAGUAGUCGGACAAUGAAUACAACUAAAGCUGAUAUAUUCUGUGACGGCCUCCCUUGUUCGCAGCUGGCCUUGGAAGAGUUAGACUGGAACCACGAGAAGGUCGUGUCGUCAAUCCUUGAGGAAAAGCUGCCGACAUCACUGCAGGAACUGAGUUUUGAUUUACCAAGGUCAGUGGCUCUUACAUUUUUCUUUGCUGUGGUAACUCAAUAUAUUAAGGUUUAGCAUUUCUGCAGACAGUCUAAGUGAAAAUUAAAUUCAUUCUUCAAAUUUUCCCAAACCUUUUCUGAACAUUGUCUCUUUGACUAAUAAUACGUUAAUUGUUUAUACGACGGAUAAUUUGUUUAUUGAAUUUAAAACGGAACUUUACAACUUAGAAAAAUAAACGUAUGACUUAUCACAUAAAUUAAUUAAUGAAGAAAUUUAGACAAGACAAAAAAUAUACAAACAUUGAAAGCAUAGCUCAAAGUUCUUACAUCAACUUUUCCUCUUCCCUCCGGGGGGCCCUGCUUAAGGCAAAUGUAAGAUGUGGUCAUGGCAGGAUUAGCCUAUAACUAAAAAGAAGAAGAUAAAGGCUUAGGUGCACAACAAAGAUAAUUUUCCAGAACUAAGUACACAUGAUACAAAGAACUAAGUACACAUGAUACAAAGAACUAAGUACACAUGAUACAAAGAACUAAGUACACAUGAUACAAAGAACUAAGUACAUAUGACACAUGAUACAACUUUGAUUAGCAUUCAUUCCGAAAUUUAAAAAAAAAUAUUUUCUCCUCCGCAGUUAAAUAGUUUUUUGAUUAACAAUUAGAUGCAUAAGAGUUCACAUUUCAAAGUUUUCUGGUAACUUCUAGUGUAAUUGCUUUCAAGGGACCUUAAAUAUAUGGCAUUCCAAGUGGUGUCUCAUUGUCUUUUUCUUCUUGCAUCAAGUUUAAAUUGUUUCAGAUCUUUGCAAUUAGAGAGUUCAUGUCUAAUCAUGAAUUAUUCCACGUUUAAUCAUGAUAUAUUUCAUGUCUAAUCAUGAGUUAUUUCAUGUCUAGUCAUGAUUUAUUGUGGAUGAUAUAAGAAGGUUGCUGUAGUGAAUAUAUAAUAAUUUUGUAAGUUUUUUCCCCCUCAUGUGUACAGACAAGUAAGGGAGACAAACCAAGGUGACGGUCAGACUGACAAAGAGGAUGUCCUGGAGUCACGGAGAAAUGUCUUUGACAACGAUGAAUUUGAUCUCUUCCGAAACAAGAAGGUGGACAUGUCGAAAAUACAUUUAGGAAAAAAGUCAGUUCAUUCAUUUUAUUGGUUUCCUUCAAUUUACCCAUCAGUUGCUUUUACCCAUCAGUUGCUUUUACCCAACAGUUGCUUUUACCCAACAGUUGCUUUUACCCAACAGUUGCUUUUACCCAACAGUUGCUUUUACCCAACAGUUGCUUUUACCCAUCAGUUGUUUUUACCCAACAGUUGCUUUUACCCAACAGUUGCUUUUACCCAACAGUUGCUUUUACCCAACAGUUGCUUUUACCCAACAGUUGCUUUUACCCAUCAGUUGCUUUUACCCAUCAGUUGCUUUUACCCAUCAGUUGCUUUUACCCAUCAGUUGCUUUUACCCAACAGUUGCUUUUACCCAACAGUUGUUUUUACCCAUCAGUUGCUUUUACCCAUCAGUUGCUUUUACCCAACAGUUGUUUUUACCCAUCAGUUGCUUUUACCCAUCAGUUGUUUUUACCCAACAGUUGCUUUUACCCAACAGUUGCUUUUACCCAACAGUUGUUUUUACCCAUCAGUUGCUUUUACCCAUCAGUUGUUUUUACCCAACAGUUGCUUUUACCCAACAGUUGCUUUUACCCAACAGUUGCUUUUACCCAACAGUUGUUUUUACCCAUCAGUUGCUUUUACCCAACAGUUGCUUUUACCCAUCAGUUGCUUUUACCCAUCAGUUGUUUUUACCCAACAGUUGCUUUUACCCAACAGUUGCUUUUACCCAACAGUUGCUUUUACCCAACAGUUGCUUUUACCCAACAGUUGUUUUUACCCAACAGUUGCUUUUACCCAACAGUUGCUUUUACCCAACAGUUGCUUUUACCCAUCAGUUGCUUUUACCCAUCAGUUGUUUUUACCCAUCAGUUGCUUUUACCCAUCAGUUGUUUUUACCCAACAGUUGCUUUUACCCAACAGUUGCUUUUACCCAACAGUUGCUUUUACCCAUCAGUUGCUUUUACCCAACAGUUGCUUUUACCCAUCAGUUGCUUUUACCCAUCAGUUGCUUUUACCCAUCAGUUGCUUUUACCCAUCAGUUGCUUUUACCCAUCAGUUGCUUUUACCCAUCAGUUGCUUUUACCCAUCAGUUGCUUUUACAGGUCUGACAAUAUGAAUGAAUCUUCAGAUGCCAAAAUCUCUCUAGUCCUCCCGAUGUCAACAUUCUUCUCAGUCCCACCCACCGCAAGCGCCCAAUUCCGUUCCAUUAAUUAUUUCUUGUCCUUUGAUGCAGUUAGGAUGGGAGUUUGCUUUAGAGAUAAUGGUAUCGUCUAAUUAAAAAUUCCUUUAAAACCCCCCAAAUUUUAAGGUCAUAAUAUUGACUACUUAACUUGAUGUUUAGUCUUCCCCUUUUGUUAAGUGAUAGUUUGGAACGUUUGCCCCCACAGGGAGGAGAAAGUUGACCUCGAGGACAAGAGCAUCAUAAAAGCUGUGCAGGCCACAUACGAGGCCUAUGGCAGCGUGGACCAGGAGAGCAUUUACGAGAACCCUCAGAUGUACGAGGAUGAAUAUGAUGACACGUACGACACAAAUGCUGUCGGCGCAGAUGAUGCGGAUUCAGCGGAUGAGUUGACCAACAGAAAGUAAGCACAGCAUUUUAUAAAAUGAACAUUACCAGACCUAUUUACUCUUACGAUUUUGGCGGGCAGCAUACGAUUUUGAGAUGUCUUUUACGAUUAUUCACCGAGACCUGUCAGAGAUAAAAUCGUAUCUCUGACAGGUCUCGGUGAAUAAUCGUAAAAGACAUCUCAAAAUCGUGAGAUGUCUUUUACGAUUGUUCACCGAGACCUGUCAGAGAUAUGAUUUUGCGAGACCAGGUUAAAAAUAUAAAGUCUGGUGGUUUUUACAAUAAAAAAGAAAAUACAUAAAUAAACUUUCUCAAUUUUUGCACACCCACCACAUCUUUGUCUAUCUAUGUGGGAAAUGACUGGAACCCCUUUAAAAGUUAGUCGUCCACUUUGAGAAGUGACCUUGAUUAGACAUGUGAUGCGUGCAUUCAAUUAUUUUGUGCAUCAUGCUUAAAGUUUAUUUAUUUACCGUUACAUUACAGCGUCGUACAAUUUUUGAAAAUUAAAGUACUGUUCUGAGACGAUGUUGUACUAUUUUUUUAUAUCCUGUGUAACCAGGUCUGCAUUUUGUUUAUAAGUGAACUUUAAAAAUAAAAAUUUAUGGUUGCCCUGCAUUUAUUAAGGCAAGCUGUAGCUUCACUUGUCCAAUGUCUGUUAUUACCAGCACCAUCUUGUCCAAUGUUUUGUACCCCCCACUGUCCAAUGAUGGGCUGUGCAUUUUUUCUCCCCCAGGUUCAUGCCACGUGUGCUGUUGGACAUAGAGAGGAAGAAAGCUAGAGAUGAAGGACGGGACCAAGAGAGUGGCGAUGAUGGUGACGAUGGUGGUGGUGAUGGCAACAAUGGAGAUCAGGUAAAUGUCUGCCCCCCCCCCCCCCCCCCCCCGUGUGCUGGAAACUUAUAGUAAAACAAAAUCAUACAGUAACACAUUUUUAAAAAGCGUAACGUUGUCGUGUAAACUUUAUCCCUGUACAUUUUUAACUUUAUCCUAGCUUUUUGUUUACUUUAUCCCAGUACGUUGUUAACUUCAUCCUUGUGUGUUGUUAACAUUAUCCUAGUAUAAUGUUAAAAUUUAUCCUUGUAUAUUGUUAACUUUAUCCUAGUUUAUUGUUAGCAUUAUCCUAGUACAUCAUUAAACUUUAUCCUUGUAUAUUAUUAACUUUAUCAACUAGUAUAUUGUUCUUUCUUUACUAGUACAUUGUUAACUUUAUCAUAGUAAUUCAUUUUGGUAAAUAUUCAGAAAAAUAAUUUUUACCAUUGUACUUGAUAUUCUUGUACAUGUUCCUUGUACAUGUUAUUCAUGUACAUGUUCCUUGUACAUGUUAUUCAUGUACAUGUUAGUCUUGUACAUGUUUAUUUGUACAUGGUAUUAUUUUACAUGUUAAUCUUGUACAUGUUAUUUUUGUACGUGUCUUCCCUCAUGUUCCAUAUUCGGUCUGAUUCAUUAGCCACCCAGGGACCAGUUUGUUGAGGAUCCAGCCAAACUUCGAGAGAUGGCAGAGCAGAGACGUCAGUCCCAUGCCGCAAGGAGGGGUAGGGGAGGAGGAGCAGCACCCCCAAGGACCAGAGAUGUAGUUGGCGGUGCCAAAGGUCAAUGUGCUUUCAUAAUGGGCCCUGUGAUUGUUUUAAAACCUUUGCCCAACUAGUAAAUAUAGCAAUAAGAAAAUCAGACCUGGGAAUGGUUAGUGGGAGAUGGGGGGGGGGGGGGGGGGGGGGGGGGGGUGGGUGGGGGGGGGAGGUACAGGACCUUGACAUAAAACAGCCUGACAUAAAAGCAUGCAGUGGUACUGAUUCAAGGUCAUCCUGCUGACCCCCACACACUCCCCCAAACCUUGCCCUUUGGUGGGCCAUCUUACCAGAAACUGCUUAGCAACCCAGCCCCUUCUCCUCACCGGCCUGCCAGGUUGGCAAGUACUAUGAUCCAGUUGUUGCUUGUUUCGGGUUGCCCAUCUACUUUUUGGCCAGAUUUAUGACACAUUUCUUUUGUAGUGUUUGUUCACUUGACUUACUACACACAACUGGAACAAAAUAUGUAAGACAAAGUGUAAUGAAACCUGUCAAAAGUGUGCAAAACAAAAAGUGUGUUUUGUUGGUUGUUUUUAAAAAAAAAAGUUUUCCCAAUACUUUUUUUUACAAAUUAUUAUUUCCUUCCACCUAACGUGAUUGCGGUCUCCCCUUUAGUAUCAUACACAACUGGGAUGAAAUAUUUAUCUAAAGUAACAAUUAUAUAUAUUUUUCUCUUCUAGGUCAAGGCCAGUCUGCUGAAGUUCUUCGCAAUCGUAAAAUGAAAGAAAAGCACAAAGGUCAGAGAAAUAAGGCCAACGCCGAGAAGAAGCUGAGUAAAGGAAUGUUCUAAUGCACCUGUGGCGUUUGGCCAGUUGGUCAGACAUAGUUCAGGGGUCAUAAGUUGCUAUUUAUUGUCAAUGUAUUUUGUGCCUGUGAUUAAAUGAAGUAUGUAUGUAA